AGUCCUGUGAAAGGGUGGGGUUUAGUCAACUGUUGUGCACAUAGACACUUUCUGUAUAGGAGGAAUAGAGAAGUUAAACAUAUGUGCCACCAACAAGAGUGUCUCUAAAAAAAAAACUGUUCACAAGACAUAUUGGAGAAAAUCAUAUUGGAGAGAUAAGGAUAACGUCAUAUCUGAAUGAACAAUGUCAGAUAACAUACUGGAGGAGAUCUUCAUAAAGCGCUCUCAGCAGAAGAAGAAAACUUCGCCCUUAAACUUCAAAGAGAGAUUGUUUGUACUCACACAGGAAAAGAUUGCAUACUACGACUAUGACUUUGAAAAAGGGAAAAAGAAAGGAUUAAAGGGAUUUGUUGACAUUGAAAAGAUUAAAUGUGUCGAGAUUGUGAUACCAGAAGACAACGCUCCUCCUGAACGAAUUUUCCCAUUUCAGAUAGUCUAUGAUGAGGGACCACUCUACAUAUUUGCCAAAACAGAUGAUAUACGAAAGCAGUGGAUUCAUAAACUUAAGAAUGUGGUGCGGUUCAACAAAGACCUAAUACAAAAAUACCACCCCUGUUUUUGGGAGGAUGGCGUGUGGAAGUGUUGCCAGCAGGAAGUCAAGCAGGCUAUGGGCUGUAAGGUGCUGGAAAUGAGAAAUGGAGGAUUUUCCACAGGAUCUCGGCGUAAAUCUAGAAAACCUCUUCCACCUACACCUGAAGAGUUGCCUCCGGAAAAGUCAAUGACCGCUUCGCACCUAGAGCCACCAAAGCAGCAUGGCUUCUCAGUGGGUAUGACAGUCAUUGCUGAAUAUGAGUAUGCUCCCAUGGCACCACAAGACCUGGAGUUGAAAAAGGAUGAUGAAUACACAAUUUUGGAAAUAUGUGACGCCAACUGGUUUAGAGCCAGAGAUAAACAUGGCAAUGAGGGAUAUAUUCCAAGUAACUAUGUUGUUGAGGCCUUAAAUGGAUUGGAGAAGUUUGAAUGGUAUUGCAAAAACGUGAACCGCAGUCAAGCAGAAAAUUUACUUAAGACUGAGAAUAAAGAUGGUGGCUUUCUGGUGCGUGACUCAGGAAAAUACACUGGAAAAUAUACUGUCUCCGUUUUCACCAAGAUUCUUGGAGAAAUGGUUGGCUCUUGCCGACACUACAACAUAUUAACCACUCAACAAGGACAGUUUUACCUGGCAGAGAAGCAUUAUUUCAGUAAUAUUCCAGACCUCAUCAAUUACCAUCAGCACAAUGCUGCAGGACUGGUGAGCAGACUAAAAUACGUUGUGUCAAAUCGAGCUCAGAAUGCUCCAUCCAUCGCAGGUCUGGGUUAUGGAGUCUGGGAGAUCGAUCCCCGCCAACUCACUUUCAUUAAAGAAUUAGGUAAUGGACAAUUUGGAGUCGUUAAGUAUGGAAAGUGGCAGGGUCGGCAUGAUGUAGCCAUCAAAAUGAUCAAAGAGGGUUCUAUGUCAGAGGAUGAUUUCAUCGAAGAAGCUAAAGUCAUGAUGAAACUUCAUCAUGAAAAUCUAGUUCAGCUGUAUGGUGUAUGCACAAAACAAAGACCCAUUUACAUAGUCACCGAGUUUCUUCCGAAUGGAUGCCUACUGACCUACCUACGGGAGUCCCUGCGACAGCCCACUGCUGUUCAGCUCCUUGAGAUGUGCAAAGAUGUGAGCGAAGGAAUGGCCUACCUAGAAUCCCAACAGUACAUUCACAGAGACCUUGCUGCCAGAAAUUGUUUAGUGGAUGGAAAUGGAACUGUGAAAGUGACUGAUUUUGGACUGUCACGGUAUGUCCUUAAUGAUGAAUAUACUAGCUCUUUUGGCUCUCAGUUCCCUGUACGCUGGUCACCUCCUGAAGUACUCAAUUACCACAAAUUCAGCAGCAAGUCAGAUAUCUGGGCAUUUGGUAUUUUAAUGUGGGAAGUCUACACACUAGGUAGAAUGCCAUAUGAACGUCUGAAUAAUAAUGAGAUAGUGCAUGAAGUGACUGCUGGCUAUAGACUGUAUCGUCCUCAGAUGGCCAAUGACAGAAUCUACUCCAUAAUGACCAGAUGUUGGCAUGAGAAACCAGAUGAACGGCCCACAUUUCAGGAUCUUGUGAUGGUCAUUCAGGAUUUGCUUGACAAUCUGCACUAGACCAUAGACCUAAUGACAGCAAAUACCUGAUUAUGAGGGUAGCCCUGCAAAAGGGAUAAAGACUUGGUCCUGAACUGCAGCUACUUUAAGAUUAAUAAACAUAAAUAGAUUAUUUAAGAUUUUGUCUAACUUUCUAUAUAAAUGCUUUUUGUAUUUUGUUUCUACAAAUUGUAAUAUUUACUGUGUACAAUUCUCCUCAGCUUCCAAAGUCAGUUAUCAUAUCCAGAUAUUAUUACAUGACUGUACCUACACAUUCACAAUUAAAUGUAUUUUGAUUGCUUUGCACUGCAUGAAAAGAGCUGAUAUGGAACAGUGAACUUCAGAUUACACAGCUAAAAUAUGGAGGUAUCCUGGAAUUCGGUGCCCAGGAAGGCUUAAUUCCACCAGCACGUAUAUAGUUUAGAUAGUUUCGUAUAAUGGAGUAUUUCAGGAAUAAUAAAAUAAAAAUGAAAACUAUCAUCUAAUUGUUCAUGUAUAUAAAAUUUGUGAGCAUAGCCAUUUAUUGUUUCAUGUAAUUGACUACUUGUGGAUGAUAAUUUAAAGAAUGUUUUGCUGCAUAAGCAAAUAGAGUUCUAUAAACUGAUCUGCCAGUACUAUAAACUGGCAGCUGGUCAUGAUAUUAGAUUGGAAGAUUAUUUACAGUAUCUACCAAUAGCUUGACAAAUAAACUAUUAGUCCUGAGAAAAGCAUUAUAUCACAAGGUGUCAUCAAGGACCAUUUUGUCAUCUGUCCAUCUGUAUAAUUUAUACUUUCAUUGGACAAUGU